GGGAGAGGCGGGGGCGGCCCCGGCGUGGCCAAGGCUGGCGGGCCCGGGCGCGGCCGCCCAGCUGUCGCAGGAGCCCAGCGGAGCGAGUGAGCUAUGGCCGGCCUCAACUCACUGGAUGCGGUGAAGCGCAAGAUCCAGGCCCUGCAGCAGCAGGCGGACGACGCGGAGGAUCGCGCGCAGGGCCUGCAGCGCGAGUUGGACGGCGAGCGCGAGCGGCGCGAGAAAGCUGAAGGAGAUGCGGCUGCCCUCAACCGCCGCAUCCAGCUCCUGGAGGAGGAGCUGGACCGGGCUCAGGAGCAGCUGGCCACAGCCCUGCAGAAUCUGGAGGAGGCGGAGAAGGCUGCUGAUGAGAGUGAGAGAGGCAUGAAGGUGAUAGAGAACCGAGCGAUGAAAGACGAGGAAAAGAUGGAGAUCCUGGAGAUGCAGCUCAAAGAAGCCAAGCACAUCACCGACGAGGCUGACCGCAAGUACGAGGAGGUGGCUCGUAAGUUGGUCAUCCUGGAGGGUGAGCUGAAGAGAACAGAGGAGCGGGCGGAGGUGUCUGAACUAAAGUGUGGUGACCUGGAGGAAGAGCUCAGGAAUGUAACUAACAAUCUGAAAUCACUGGAGGCCGCUUCUGAGAAGUAUUCUGAAAAGGAGGAUAAAUAUGAAGAAGAAAUCAAGCUUCUGUCUGACAAGCUGAAGGAGGCCGAGACCCGAGCUGAGUUUGCAGAAAGGACAGUUUCUAAACUGGAGAAGACAAUUGACGACCUGGAAGAAAAACUUGCCCAGGCCAAAGAAGAGAAUGUGGGCUUACAUCAGACACUGGACCAGACGCUAAACGAACUUAACUGUAUAUAAACUAAACCAGAAGAGUCCUGUUUUAACACCAACUCCACUCCAGAGGGUGUACUCUGUCUUCCUGUUUUGUAAGAAUUUCUACUUAUUACCAUGUCGCCACCUUGCUGGAAAUGCCAAGCAGAAAAUGAAUUUAUGACCAAAUAUUUUGUGUUAGACAAGCUAUGAGCACCAGUUAAGUUUAUUUCUUUCCCUUUCCAUUCAGAUGGCACCAACUUCUUUGGUUAUUCUUAUUCUUAAAUUGCAUUUAUUCCUAAAAUAGGCAGGGAAUUUCACAGAGUAUAUUUGCUUAAGGCUGAGGGCGUUUAGUUCUUGGGAAUUAGUCAACCCCCAACCCCACACUUCGAAGCACAGGCUCAAGUAUCUAAUCAUAGCUGGUUGCUGUUGGGGAAGUUAUUUGAGGCUAGGGGUUGUCACAAGAAAACAUGUAGAAAUUUCCACCCAGAGCAAAAAUUAACAGUCUACUAUGGGAAGUCAUAAAGCACAACUAGAUGAGCCUGAUCAUACUGGGUCUGCUCCACAGUCCCCGUGAAGAACACAUUUCCUUUAAGCAUUCCAAGCGAGAAUGCUGGGGUGAUCAUUGUUGCCCAUGUGUCUUCUGACUGAGCUCUAGUGCUGUUCCAUGCACAUGUCCCUUUGCUCCAGAAUUGUUGAGGAGCAGGUGUCUUAUUCCAGGACUUUUCUGCUGUGGUGUAUAAUGAUAUGCUCGGCAGGGACUAUGGCAGAGUCCAACCCUUUUCAUCAGGGCUACAGUGAGACUCAGUACACUGAGCAUCUUUCUAAUACCACGUGUUGGGCAACAAAAGGUCUCUCCAGCAGCAAAGUAGUGACAGAAAAAUUGGCUUAACUUCAUCUCCAUUGUUCAGGGAACAACAAAUGGAAGCUUGACUUUGCCAAGACUUGAAUUCCUUCGGGAAUGACACUAAUAAAAGACCAAGAACUCCUGACUGAACUGGAUGUGGAGUGCUCUGUAGGCUGCACAUUCUUUUUUUGGCUUUGUAGUUUUGCUUUCCCAGUUAACAUCUCACACUGAAACAUUCCACAUUCCCCAGCAGUGUGGGGCCAACUCAAGUUUACAGUCGUGACUGAAAGUCACCUGCUUCUAGCUUAUCUAAAGCCUGCCCCUCACUCCUAUUUAUUAAGCAUCACACUACCAGGGAGAUGAACGUUGAGCAAACUGUGCAAUUGAUAAAAUCUACUCUUUAGGUUCUUGCGAUUGUAUCAUAUAUAAUAGUAUCACUUUUCUACAUUUUGGUCAAAUAAAUUUUUGCAUAAAUAA